UCUGUGGUGAUGAACAACCGAGCCAGCUAACGAGAAGAUAUUGGGAGUGAAAAAAGAGACAAGUGGAGUGUGGUGUGAUUUCCGAGUGGUAUUAAGUUUCUCCUGUUUUAUUUUAGUGUGUCUCGCCAUGACGUUGAUCUGAAAUUGUAUUUAAAAAUAAUAAUCCCGAUGUUGGUCGUAGGACUGUACCAAUGUAGUUUUCAUGCUUUUAACAAGGAGAGAAUCCGGGGCAGCAAUUCGUGGAUACCGAAGAAAGCUUCAAACGUGUUUGAAGCUUUCGAGGUCGUAUUCAUGGAACUAUGAACCUGGACUCGUUGUCUUUUACUUUGUCACAAAUCAGUUAUUUGGUUGCCAAUUUAAACAAGAAAAAUUUUCGAGAAAGCGCUCAGGAGAUAUCAGUUUUGGUGCAGUGGAAGGGUCUGGAGGCGGACAGACACUUGCUGCGCUGUUUGUUCUCGCAUGUCGACUUCUCAACAGGAGAGCAUCCAGAACCCAACGCUAAAGACUAUUAUCAAACCCAGUUGCUCGCCCAAGAGUGUAUCAAUCUACUCAGCAAACCCUCCCUUAUUUCAAACCUUUGCUACGCUAUCGAUCGUCCCUUACAUCAGCAAAAAAGCUUGAACCCCACUCCUAAAUUUUUUGUAAAUCUUCGCAAGGUUGUGAAGUUAACUUCUAUACAAGAAGUUGCAUUUGCCAUUGCACUAUUGCAUUCUGAAAACCCAGAUAUUCAGAGCUUGGCUUUGGAACACAUAAAAAAGCAGUUACCAGAUCUAAUAAGGAAUUACAUUAACUCUGAAAUAAGUAAUAAACACCACGAAGGAGGCUUACACGAUUCCUCACCGGAGGUCUUACACCUCAUCCUCUCACAGGCAUUUCACGAACCUAAUCAGUUUGGUUUGCCUGUUGAAGCAAAGGAAAAAUUUCUCAAGAAUCUACGGCGUGACUUUCCCCGUGAGCUGGUACCGGUGGUGCUAGCACCACUCUUGUAUCCAGGCGACGGGGAAAUUCUGCAAUCUACCAUCGAGUUAAACAUGGCCUCCAAUGCAAUGGACGGCAGUGGACUUGUGGAGAUGAUUAUGGAGCUCGGAUACAGCUUCACCAGCAGCGUCGAUGAAUGUCGUUCAGCGUUGGCUGGUCUGGGCGCCCGAGAAAUUACACCCACAGCAGCUGCUCGGGUUUUAUCACUUAUGGCACGUACGUGUUCGGGCUUGGACAAUGCAGGUGGUUUACAGUCAUUCUGGGGCAGUUCUGCCGCUAAUCAAGAUUCCAAUAAAGAUAAAUCAUCAGACGGCAGCACACCUACGACAUGGAAUGUCGAAGUUUUUGUUCAAACAUUGAAAGACCUGCAAUCCACGUUAUCAUGGAAUGAAAUAAUCGUGAAACUUGAUCAUGCUGAAUUCAUUAUCAAAGACAGACCGGGAUUGAAUCUAUUGAUGACAGGUCUGCGUCUAGGACUUCAACACUUAGGAUACCCACUGGAUAUGUUUCCUGUAGAAUUAUUUUACCGCCACUGGGACAAUGUUGAGGGCCAAUUCUCCCUGAUUCAGCAAGUUCUUAAAAAUCCAGAUAUAUUUUGUUUUGCUGAUUUCCCCUAUCAUUCCGUAACUGUCGAUGUGCUCAAGGCUGCCCCAGAAGGUGACAGUAAGGAAGCGGGAACAUGGAGAUCUCUUAAUGUAGUCGAGCUCCUUUUACACAUGGCCGAGCGGGGCCUCUACAGUGCUGUUCAAGAAAUUUUCAAAUGGCCUAUACAACAUUGUCCAGAUGUCCUUGUUCUGGCUUUACUUCAGAUUAAUCCACCGAUAACGAUACUGCGACAAGAGUUGCUCAGCACGUUGAUGCCAAUUUUUCUUGGAAAUCAUCCUAAUUCUGCGGUGAUUCUACAUCACGCUUGGCACGCAAACAGCGUCGCCAUUAAACCAAUAAUAAUGCACGCUAUGGCGGAAUGGUACCUACGUGGAGAAUACGAUCAAACAAGAUUAUCACGAAUCUUGGAUGUUGCUCAGGAUCUGAAAGCUCUUUCAAUGCUUCUGAAUGCACAGUCCUUCCCAUUUGUUAUUGAUCUCGCAUGUCUAGCCUCCAGAAGAGAAUAUUUAAAAUUGGAAAAGUGGCUGACGGACAAAAUCAGGGAUCAUGGAGAAUUAUUUGUAGCCGCUUGUGUAAAAUUCUUGCAACGAAGAUGUCCCCAAGUCAUGGGACCUGCGAUGAAAGAGGAUCCUUCAGCUCCAAAAGCCACUCAACUCCCUCAAGAGACGCUAACUACAAUUCUUGCCUGCCUGCAAGUCUGCGCUGGAAGCGUUUCUCAAGAAUGUUCCGAUGCAAUCAUGACAAUGGUUCAGAACUGCAAUUUGAUGCUAAGCAAAGCAAGCCUAAGCAGACCGCCACCUGUUCAUAGACACAGAGGACUAGAGCCAUUCAAUCCUGCAACUUUGGGAGGACAGCUAUUCUCCUCCUCGCAAGUUGAUCCUCUCGGAAAUCUAAGUUCAAGUUUAGCUUCUAUGGGCUUGGGUUCAAGUCUUGGACCACCUAGCAGUUCUGCCUUCAAUCUCCCAGGAGCACUUGGACCUUUGGUAUCUGCUCCUGGUUCCCCGUCACGAUUAAUGGGUCCUUCACCCAGCCCUUUUCCUCUGAUGCCACUUUCCUCACAACUUCAUUCCGGACCUGUUGGUACACAAGGACCAUCGGUUGUACCAGGUGGCACCACGAUAGGAGGCCUGAGUCGUCUUGGCCCACCCAGUGGCAUUGAGAAAGCCAGAUUACCCGAGACCUCAAAUCUCUUUCCAGAUAUGACGCAGAAUGUGUCAAAGGAAAUCGAAGAUGAAGCAAAUAGCUAUUUUCAACGUAUUUACAAUCAUCCGCCCCACCCCACUCUUUCGAUCGAUGAAGUCCUUGAAAUGCUCAAGAAGUUCCAGGAUUCCGGCAGCAAAAGAGAACGCGAGGUGUUCAACUGUAUGCUACGCAACUUGUUUGAAGAAUAUCGUUUCUUCCCGCAGUAUCCCGAUAAGGAAUUACACAUAACCGCUCAAUUAUUCGGAGGUAUUAUCGAGAGAGGACUAGUUAAUACUUACGUCGCAUUAGGACUAGCACUACGUUGCGUACUUGAUGCCUUGAGAAAGCCAGAGGGUAGUAAAAUGUAUUACUUCGGAAUCGCCGCUCUCGAUCGAUUCAAAAGUCGGCUCAAAGAGUAUCAGAAAUACUGCGAACACGUCAGAGCGAUCCAACAUUUCAGCGAGUUUCCACCACAUCUUAUAGAGUAUGUGGAAUAUGGCCUGCAAGGUCAAGAACCUCCUACCAGACCUCAGGGUCAAGUUCUUCCAAAGACCUUAGCAGCUAUGCUAGCACCGGCUACAAUCCCCUAUAAAACUAUUACAACAACAACUGUCACUACAACGACUACCCAAGCUAAGCCAUCUACGACACCCACUACAUCACUAUCGGCUAGACCAUCCAUUGCUAAUGCUACAAAUAUAGACACUCUACUCGUUGCAACGGAUAAAGAAGAAAAAAUAACAUCGCCACCAGAAAGCCUACAAGACAAAACUGCAUUCAUCUUCAACAAUUUGAGUCAGAAUAAUUUACAACAAAAAUGUGAUGAGAUUCGAGAUAUUGUCACGGAAGAAUACUGGCCCUGGAUGGCCCAGUAUUUAGUAAUGAAACGUGCUAGCAUUGAAUUAAAUUUCCACACACUUUACUCGAACUUCCUCGACUGCUUGAAAGUCCCAGAAGUUAACAAAAUGGUAACCAGAGAAACUUUCAGGAAUAUUAAAGUACUGCUACGAAGUGACAAAGGGAUAGCCAAUUUUUCUGACCGUUCUUUGUUGAAAAACUUGGGUCAUUGGCUGGGGAUGCUCACGCUAGGAAGAAAUAAUCCGAUUUUUCACAUAGACAUAGAUUUGAAAAGUCUACUUGUCGAGGCUUACCACAAAGGUCAGCAAGAACUUCUAUAUGUGGUACCAUUUGUUGCUAAAGUGUUGGAAAGUUGUGCUAAGAGUCGGGUUUUUCGUCCCCCUAAUCCUUGGACCAUGGCGAUAAUGAACGUUCUAGCAGAAUUGCAUCAAGAGCCUGACCUCAAACUUAAUCUUAAAUUCGAAAUUGAAGUGCUUUGCAAAAACCUGAGCAUCGAUGUCGCUGAGCUCAAGCCAGCCAUCUAUUUGAAAGAUCCUGAAAAGUUAAGAAACUUGGAAUACCAAUUAUCUCACCCGAACAAAAAACCAGAACCUGUAGGAAACCCACUGCCCCCACAACCACCCCCUGAAGAAUUAGUUAGACCUGCAACGACUGGAACUAUGAUCCCGCAACAACAGGCACCACCUGUUAAUACAACGCCAUCGCUGCCCACAAGUCCGCCAGAACCACGUUUCAAUUACAUGGAUAUAUCGGUAACUGGCAUCGCCAAUAUUUCCCAACACAUCACAAUUAACAAUCAGCUACCGCUGUUCCAAGCACAUCCACAUCUCAAGCAGUUUGUGAGGUCCGCUGUUGAACGUGCAAUCCAAGAAUGGAUUCAUCCUGUUGUAGAUAGAUCUAUUAAAAUAGCCUUGACCACCAGCGAACAGAUAGUUCGUAAAGAUUUUGCUUUGGACCCAGAAGAAAUCAGAAUGCGAACCGCUGCUCGUCACAUGGUGCGCAACCUUACUGCCGGAAUGGCCAUGAUAACUUGUCGUGAUCAGGUACUCGCAUCGAUCAGUACAAAUUUGAAACAAUCUUUCGUCGCUGCUCUAAUGGGCACCACACCUCAGCAAAAGGAACUCGCCGAACAGGCUGCUACUAUCGUUGCCGCUGAUAACAUGGAACUUGCAUGUGCAUUUGUCCAAAAAACAGCGAUUGAAAAAGCGAUUCCUGAAAUGGAUAAGCGACUGUUGAACGAAAUCGAACUACGUAAAAUUGCCAGGCAAGAAGGAAGGAGGUAUUGUGAUCCCUUAGCCAAAUAUCAGGCUGAGCGAAUGCCUGAACAAAUAAGACUGAAGGUCGGAGGCGUUACCCCACAGCAGAUGGCUGUUUACGAAGAAUUUGCCAGGAACAUUCCAGGGUUCUUACCUCUUUCCGAACGUGACACCCAGGCUCUCUUUAUCCCCAAACCAAUUACUGAGCCUGCUGCGGUAACGCCAUUCGCAGCGAAUCCUGCAGUCGCAGUUCCUACAGCCCAACAAGUCGCCGCAUAUGCGGCAGCCGUGAACAAUGACGAAGUGGGUGCGAUGCUAGAAAAACUCGCUACAGAAGUUGAACUACUUUUAGCUGCGAUGGGACCUGGAGUUCCUCCACCCCAACAUGCUGCGUUACAUACUCUCCUUGAGUCCAUCAUACUUACUAGGAGGUCUAGAGAUACCGGUGCUGCUAUGGCGCUACUGAAAAAAGCUGUAGAAGGUUUGCUGGAUGGUCCGAGUAUUUCAACGGGAAUAAACGACGGAGAAGUAAUGCUGAGAUACAGAGAAUUACAUUUACGAAUACUCAAGUGCCUUCAAGAUCCGCGUGCUUAUGGCAUGCAAUGGACAAACAAACAUGUCACACGAUGUCUUACGGAAUGCAGAGAAGAGUUUCGUUACAAUUUCGAAGCUGUGGAUUGUCUGAUCAGGUCUCAUCUAUUGAGUCUCCCACAGUUUGACUUUGCUUUGGCUCAGGCAAUGGACGCCGGUGCAGCCAUGGCUACAGCGUUUGCCAUGCAAUUGAUACAACUCUAUCUCAUCGACGAGCGACAAACUACUCAUGUUACCGAAUCUGACUUGUUCCAUACGAUAGAGAUUCUAGCCAGAAUGGCACAUCAUCGAGCGCCACCCGAAGGAAUUUCUCUAUUCAGGCUCACAAGUUUAAUUGAAUCAUUGCGCGCGAAUCAUGAUCCAGCCGUACUGGCCGACAGAGCCCCUGCCGGACCUACCGCUCACAUUCACUCCGGAAUUCUGCAAGUGCGGGCGCGUGACUUCGAUGACCCUCCUGGCUUAAUGGAAAAAACGGAAUACUUGUUACGGGAAUGGGUAUCCAUGCACCAUAAUCCGACACAUGCUCGUGAUCCGACGAAGGCAUUCGGAAUGUUUGUUCAUCAGAUGAACAUUCAUGGGAUUUUAAAGACCGAUGAUCUAAUCACGAGAUUCUUCAAACUCAGCACGCAAAUGUGCGUCGACUUAUGUUACAGAGCAUUGGGAGAACCAAAUGCCGCGCCUUCCGUUGUACGUGCCAAAUGUUUCCAUACCUUAGAUGCUUUCGUGCGUCUCGUUGCACUCCUGGUAAAACAUUCGGGAGAUACUGCCAAUACGCACACGAAAAUAAACCUUCUAAAUAAGGUUCUUGGUAUCGUAGCGGGAGUUCUUUUGCAAGAUCAUGAGAUGCGAGGAACUGAUUUCCAGCAGCUUCCUUAUCACAGAAUAUUCGUAAUGCUGUUCUUGGAAUUAUGUGCUCCAGAACCAGUACUUGAAGCCGUUAAUUACCAAGUUCUUACCGCCUUUUGCCACACUCUUCAUAUACUACGCCCAGCAAAAGCAUCAGGAUUUUGUUACGCCUGGUUAGAGUUGGUUUCGCAUCGAGUCUUCAUUGGACGUAUGCUCGCCAUUACUCCUCAACAAAAAUGCUGGGGCAUGUACGCUCAACUGCUUAUCGAUCUUUUCAAGUACUUAGCUCCUUAUCUUCGCAAUGCCGAGUUAGCCAAACCGGUCACUCUGCUUUACAAAGGUACGCUACGUGUACUGCUGGUGUUGCUACAUGACUUCCCUGAAUUUUUAUGUGACUAUCACUACGGAUUCUGCGACGUUAUACCCCCGAAUUGUAUUCAAAUGAGAAACCUAAUACUCAGCGCUUUUCCGAGAAAUAUGCGACUGCCCGAUCCCUUUACGCCUAAUUUGAAAGUGGACAUGUUACAAGAGAUCGUUCUCGCACCAAGAGUUCUGUCAAAUUUUGCUUCGAUGAUACAACCACUUAGUUUCAAAAAAGAAUUAGAUUCUUACCUAAAGGCGCGGGCACCUGUGACUUUCCUUUCUGGAUUGCGUAGCAAUUUACAAGUCUCGCAGGAAGCAGGAAUGCGCUAUAACAUUCAACUGAUGAACGCCCUUGUUCUAUACGUCGGAACACAAGCUAUAUCAUUCAUUCGUAGCAAAGGACACACUCCAAAUAUGUCGACCAUAGCUCAUGCUGCCCAUAUGGAUAUAUUCCAAAAUUUAGCUGUCGAUCUGGACACAGAAGGACGAUACCUAUUCUUAAAUGCAAUCGCCAAUCAGUUGCGUUAUCCUAAUAGUCACACGCACUACUUCAGCUGCACGCUAUUAUACUUGUUCGCCGAAGCUAACACCGAAGCUAUUCAAGAACAAAUAACCAGAGUCCUUCUUGAAAGACUGAUCGUCAACAGACCUCAUCCUUGGGGACUCCUGAUCACAUUCAUCGAACUCAUCAAAAAUCCUACGUACAACUUCUGGAAGCAUGAAUUCGUUCACUGUGCACCGGAAAUCGAAAAAUUGUUCGAAUCGGUGGCUCGAUCGUGUAUGGUACAGAAACAAGUUCAGCCACCGCCCGAGCCAGAGAUCCCGGAGUGAUGAAACGUUUCAUUUAUCAUCAUUCAUUUGUGUACAGUAAAUUCGUGAAUGAGAAGAGAAUCGAGUGUAAAAAGUUGUUAAACUACGAGUAGAUGUACUAUAAUUUGGGGAUUUACACAAUUUUCUUGGUGAACAAUAUUAAAUAAUCGUUUUAGUGAUUGUAACAAUUUAAAAAAACAACAAAAAAAACUAGUGUAAGUGAGAUAAUAAUUGAAAUGUCGAUAUUUUAAUAAACUUAUUGUUGCACCAAACGGAUAAGCAACAUAAAAAACAGAAGAAAAAAGAAAACAUUCAUCCACACAAAAACUGUUUAUUUUGGAUGGUGAUUGUAAAGGUUUGUUUCGUAUCUACCGCAUUAUGAACAAAUAAUUAUGAUGCAGGACACAGUCGUGAGAACUUGAAUGGCUGAAAUGUGUAAUAAUGGUGUUCAGUAGCAUAAAAUAUAAAAGAAAUUUUUUUUUUCUUGUGUUCUUCAUUAGUAUUAAAAAUGUACCACCUGAUGAACUGAUAAAAAGAAGUUUAAUACUUAA